UACUUCUGUUGCUAACCAAGAAGGGGUUACAUUUUGCGGCAUUCACUAUUCCCUCAUUUGUUGCUGCAUCUGCUUUUGGUUUUUGAUGCUCCAACUAAAAAGUUACAGAAACUCUAAAAAGAACAGGAACCUGCUAUUACUGAAGAGAAGGAUCUUUCGAGAAAUAUAGUGCACCACUCACAUCCUCACUUGUAUUUUGUGAUAUGGACCGAAUGGAAUUAAAGAAAGUGAAAACGGAUGCCGAUCAUGACAGCAAUAGUGGGGAGAGUUUUACUGAGCCAAUAGAUUCUGAAAAAGCAACAAUUAAUAGUCAUUUUGCUGAAAGUGAGGAUGCUGAGAGUCAAAAAUUCCUUACAAAUGGAAUUCCAGGAAGAAAAAAAUAUGAAGAAUAUGAAGAAGAAUAUCAUCCAGGAACUACCUCCUUUGGGAUGUCUGUAUUUAACCUUAGCAAUGCUAUCAUGGGAAGUGGAAUCCUUGGAUUAUCUUAUGCCAUGGCCAAUACUGGAAUUGUCAUGUUUGUAAUUCUUUUAUUAGGAGUGGCAAUAUUAUCUCUCUAUUCUGUUCAUCUUUUAUUACUGACCGCAAAGGAAGGAGGGUCCUUAAUCUAUGAAAAGUUGGGGGAAAAGGCAUUCGGCUGGCCUGGAAAACUUGCUGCUUUUGGAUCCAUAACAAUGCAAAAUAUUGGAGCUAUGUCAAGCUACCUUUUCAUAGUGAAAUAUGAACUACCUGAAGUAAUUCGAGCAUUCUUGGGAUUUGAGGAGAACAGUGGGGAAUGGUACCUAAAUGGAAACUAUCUAGUGAUAUUGGUGUCAAUAGGCAUCAUCCUGCCACUUUCACUUCUUAAAAAUCUGGGUUAUCUAGGUUACACCAGUGGUUUCUCUCUGACCUGCAUGGUUUUCUUCCUAGGAGUCAUGAUUUACAAGAAAUCGCAAAUUCCUUGCCCUCUGCCUGACCUCGACCAUUUUACAUCAAACCACACCUUCAAUGUGUCUACACAUGCAUAUGCGGAGAUGCUGCAGAACAAAACCUCUACCAGUGACAUCAAUAUCAUGAUGGAGUAUUCUGUCAGCCAGGGCAUAUUCCAUAAAGAGGACAUUCACGAGAUGGUCAAUGAAGCUCACGAUAAUGAGAUGUGUAGGCCAAAGUACUUUGUCUUUAACUCUCAGACUGCUUACACAAUCCCAAUUUUGGCAUUCGCAUUUGUGUGCCAUCCAGAGGUACUUCCCAUCUACAGUGAGCUUAAAGAUCGAUCACGUAAGAAGAUGCAGAAUGUAUCAAAUAUAUCCAUUAUGGCCAUGCUUAUCAUGUAUUUUUUAGCUGCAUUGUUUGGUUACCUGACGUUUUAUGAUAAUGUUGAACCAGAAUUGCUGCACACCUUCACUAAAGUGUACAAGUUUGAUACAUUGCUUCUCAUGGUCCGUCUUGCAGUCUUGACAGCUGUGACACUAACUGUCCCUAUUGUGCUGUUUCCGAUUCGAUCUUCCAUUACAACGUUGUUAUUUAAUGGCAGAGAAUUCAGUUGGCUGAGGCACAUGCUGAUUGCGGCAGCUCUGCUUGCGUUUAAUAAUCUCCUGGUGAUAUUUGUCCCUACGAUUCGGGACAUCUUUGGUUUUAUUGGGGCUUCGGCGGCCACCCUUCUGAUAUUCAUACUGCCAGCCUCAUUUUACCUCAGAUUAGUGAAAAGUAUACCUUUCCGGUCACCACAAAAAAUUGGAGCCUUGGUGUUUCUUACUGUUGGAGUUAUUUUCAUGAUCGGAAGUAUGUCAUUGAUAAUUACUGACUGGAUCCACAACCCUCCAGGUUCUGGUGGUCACUAGACUUACUGAACAGAUAAGCUGAAGACACUGAUGAGGAAAAGCUCUGAAUUGUCAUACUCCAAUGCAAGCACACGGAUGAAUUCAGAAAUGUUGCAUCCGAGUUAAUGGUGUGAUUCCAUACUGAUGCUUCAAUAAGAUUCUAAAGACUAAAACUAAGCAUUUUUUCACAGUUCACUAAAAAGCUACUACACUAAGUGCAUCUACAGUAUUUAUGUUACUAAAAUUAUUAUUAUUAUUAUUUUUAUACAUAGCAUAUGUGUUGUUUUGUUUUUAAAUUAUCGUCUCAAGAAAGCAGCAGAAAUACAGCUGCUAAACAUAAGCAGUCAUCUUAUUAGAAUUCAUAUUUGUAGAAACCAACACGAAACUAACCAAGAGGGACGCUUGUAUCCAGCAGAAGGACCCGUUUGAUUAGUUUGCCUUGGACUUACUUUUAAUUGACUGGUGAUGGGAGAAGAGACCAUUUAAUUGUUUCAUGUUUUCUGUUGUGUUUUUGAGUUUGCAUUUAUAUUUACAGCAGUUUACCUUGUGUGGGGAUCUUUUUCCUUUGCCAACCCUCAUCAUGUAUUUAGAGAAAGAAACUUUCUGUAAUUGUAAAGGAAUGGUGGCAAAGGGCAAUGAGAAACACAGUAUGCCAGUGAAACUUGAACUAUAUCCUGCGUAGUAAGAUAUCCGUAGCCCAGAUAUCUUCUGUAUGGUUUGGAGGUUCAUAAUAAAGUCAUUUCAGAUUGUUAAGGAGAUAGCUGAUCCUACUAUAUAUAUACAUACCUUGAUGUAUGUUUCUGAAUCUGUAUAUAUUAGGGUCAGUAAUAAGCUGAUAUAUCAGAUUGUAGGGAAGAACCUUUUGUCCCAUACUUACUCUUGCCACUGUUAAUACUCCUUGACACAAUAUACCAGUUCCAUUUAAGAAGAUAUGCACAGGAGCUCUUGUACAUCUCUAAAUUUUCAGAUGUCAGAAUGCAUGGUUCUCCAUCCAAACCCUAGAGUAUUUCCCCUUGGUAGACAGAUACCAUCAUGGAAGGCAACUUAAAAUCAAAAGCAUACCUCAUCCCAGAGAUUUUGAUUGAACAGUUUUCCAAAUGACCUCAAAAGAGUUUAUAGGGUUAUUGCCUUAGAUUAGAGUGCCUCACUAUUUUCAGGGGAUACACUUAAUAAAAGAAGGACUGAACCAGUUUGAUAAUACAACUAGCACUCGGAAAUUGUGGAUAGUUUUUAGAAAACCACCCAGAGUGCUAGGGAUGCAGUGAACUCACAAGUUCAGUGUUGGCUACAACUGCAAGAAAAGAGGUGUGGGAAGAGUGUGGGACCACCUCUCAUUGUGGAUAACAUGGCCACAAUGUGAGAGUAUUAUAGUACUCUUCAAACACUGGCACUGUUGACAUACAUUCAGAUCGGGCCCAGUGGAAUAAAAUGACAUGCUCAACUGUUCAGGAAGAAAUAUGUAAGUGCCGUUCUGUUUCACCAGUGGCAGAAACAUAGGUUAGCCAUCUCAACAGUCAAAUGGACAGAUCUAAAGUGAUGGCUUAAUUUUGUGUUCUACUGUCUGUAUUUUUUAUCCCUUCCUUGUGUGCGUAACAUGUUGCAUAAAACCAAUUGUUUGGCUUUUAUCACCUCUCUGUGUAGUUGUGUGCCAUAGCUGCUAAGGGGAUUCGGUUACCCCGCUAUACAUAUAUACAUACACUUAUGUGUCAGUGUAUUUGUAUAUUAGGAUCACUAAUAAGCUGAGAUAUCAAUUUCCUUAUAAGUAUUUGCUUGUUUCUUUACUACAUUAUUUUAUGCUUCUAUUUGACUUUAUUCAGGAUUAUGUAUGAGAUGAUUAUUUAAUAUAAAAUAGUUAAAAAUAGCUCCACUUUUCACAUGUUAAUGUUUCUUUUGGUGUGCUUAUUUUCCAAACAGUUUGAUGAGAGUGAAAAAGCAGAUUUUGCCAGGUAUAUAACGUUUAAUGGCUUACCUUGAUAUGCUUGCUUAUAAAGUUAGUGUUUUUGAGCUUCAGUAACUGUACCUACACAAUUUGAAUAUGUACAUUUUAUUUCCCUGUUCCAAAAUUUUUAAAAGUGUGCUAAAUUUUAAUUUCCAUGUCAUCAAAUUAUUUUUGCCUCUAUUAGUGCUGUAAAAGUGCUUUGCAGUGGCAAUAUCUUCAAUGUAUAUUGCUUAUUGGUCGUAAGCCUUAAAGUUAAAAAAAAUCUUUAAUGACUAUUUCAUGUUAUUAUCUGUUUGUGGAAAAUAAGUUUGGCUUUUAUAGCUUUUAAAUUUAAAGAGUACUAAUUGAAUGGAGGUGACACAGUGGUUAGCUUUACUGCCUCACAGCUCCACACAUCUCGUUUCAUUUCCCAGCUUGCUCACUGUUAGGGGCCAUCUGUGGUUUUCUGUGGUCUCCUACAGUAUCCCAAAGAUAUUAGUCAACCCAGUUGCUGGGUGAGUGUGCCAUACAGUGGACUGGCAUCGCACCAUGACCGGUCCCAGCCUUGUGCCUAGUGCUGCAGCUCCUUGUGACCCUAAAAAAGGAAAUAUAGGUUUACAAAAAAGGUGAAUGAAUGGAUUGAUGAUAUACUACUGUAUCAGAUACAAUGUAAGCUAACCAAAAAUCAGUUUAAUGUGAAGUAUCCAAAAGGUAGACACAACAUAAAUGAGGAAAGAAUGGGAUAUAAAACCGAGAGACGUUUUGACUCCACCUGUAGCAGCUCAUGCAGUGUUUUUUUGCCUUAAUGUAGAAAAUGGCACGACAAGCCUCUACAUUUUAUACAUGCCGAGUAAAACGACCUCUUGAGGUUCAAAGACUAAUUUAUAUAUUGCUCUUGACUUAAAGGCCUUCUUGUAAAAGAACCCAUUUUAUAAAGGAUUCAUCAAAUAGUACACUAGUGCUGCUUGUGCUCUGUUUUAAAUGUAUUGCUAAAUACCUCCAUUUUCAUCUUUUAAAAACGUUAUUUAGCUAAAUGCCGACUUCACACAUUUCCAGCAAUUGAUGUGCCACCAUGUAAGAUGCUGAAACACUUAAAAAAGUUAGCUUAAGAUCUUAAUGAUCGCAUUUUCAAACCAUGUGUCAUAACACCUAAAGAAGAUUAUAUUUCGUUUUUUGGAUACUUUCUGAUAAUCCUGAUUCUUAAGUCUGCAUACUGUUUUUUGUUGUAUUGUUAAUUUUCAUCAAAUCUGUGAGCUGCAGCUGCAAAACAAAAAUCUAUUGCAGAAUUUCAUCCACACGAAAGGUCAGCAAAGGUUUGUGUUAAAUCCAACGAACCAAAGUGGACAGUAUUUAUAGAUCUUUUGUAGAUCUACUUCUAUGUACGACAAAGAGGAUAUUUCAAAUGAAAUGGCUUAAUAUUAUUUGCAUGUGUUAGAUUACAUACAUGGUCUUUUUUGAGGAUUGUAUAUGUACUGUAAAUAUUGUGUUCCAUGUUAUAUUUUGUAAUUUGAAUAGGGCUAUAAGGGAUAAUGCCACCUUUCUCUUUGUGUUAUAAACAGGAAAGAAGUUCCCAUGGUUUACGUAGACAAUUAGAUGUGAACGUGCACUUAAAGCUGAAACAUUGCUAUUUAUAUGGCACAUUAAUUAAAAUAAUCACUGUGAUUACAGAAACUAUAUGACUGUAUGUCUGGGCUUGGUAUACUUUGCCUGUAUAUAUAUUUCUUCAUAUUAGCGUAUAUGAUGAUUGUCUUCGGGCUGAAUUCACUUUCGGUAUUAAAAAUUGUAGAAAACCAUUUACUAGAAAUAUUUAACAAUUUUCAUUGCUUUCACGGAUUUUGCAUGCAGUCACACUACAGUACUUGAUCAUUUUUAACGCCAACAUGUUUUGCUGGUCGUUCAGCAGUGCCAUAUUUGUGAAUACUGAAGGACAGCACCUUCAUUCCAUAGCAGUGGAAACCUUGAAAUUUGAUUCAAAUUGGGUUUUUUUUUUGUGGCAGGAAAGCAUUAUCCUGCUGUGCCUAAGGUGCUUGAAAACUUCAACUUGCCAUUUCUUUUUAACCAAAUGUGCCUGAAUGCAUUUUUAGGAUAGCCUGUGAGGGGCUGAAAAUCUGAAAAUAGAAAAGAAGUACGGUAAAGGUUCAAGAUUCCCUGAAGACUUCCUGUGUAAAUAAUUGAAACUGGGGGCCUUCUGUUCAGAUUGAUUCUUCUUAGAACAAACUUUUUUAGAAAUUCAUUGCUCAUACAGAACAGGCAUAAAAUGAAAUUAAGCCAUUUCCUUCCAUCAGGCACUUUUGGAAACGUGUAAAGUAAUUACAGACAAUAUUUUGAUGUAACUUAAACGGCAGCUUCAGUGUUUACAUACAGAACAAAGUAACACAUAGUUCCCUCCUGCAAAUGAACUAAAGUGAGGGUCCAAAAACAUCAUCCGUCUGUAUUAUUAUGUACAGAUAGUGUUUUUUGCAAUGAUCAAAUUCACACAGUGGAGGGUUUAGACGAUGCUGCCAAAUGUAAACCUCAGGGAGGCCUGACAAAUAAGGUAGGCAUUUGGGAUUAGCAGUGGAGUAUGUUUUCACCGUGUAGAAUGACAUCAGUUCAGGUGCUCAUAAAGGUUUACAGUUUAUUUCACUACAGAACCCUAAUAUAAAUGGCUAUAAUUAAAUGUAUAUAUGGAACAUUUCUAUACAAUGCCUUUUUAGUACGUGUUGUUGGUUUUUAUCAUGUAUUUUAUUUGGGAAUAAAUAGUUCUGCCUAUUGUGCACAUUUACAGCUAUUUUAUCAAACAAAAGGGGUCUUUUUGUAUUAGAGAAAUGAUUGUAAUAUUAUGUAAAAUGCUAAAUAAACAAUAAAAGAUACAA